AUGAUUUGUGAUAUAUAAGAGAUUGCAUUCAAUUCAACGCCAUAAAAAGGAAGAGCAUCAUAAGCAAAUACAACAGCUUCAUCUGGUAGUUCAAAAGAUUCCUCCUUUGAAUCCAAAUAUAUGCCGAAAUUAUAAAUACCAAGGCCAUUGCUAAGUUAAGAUGAGAAGUUUGAAGCUUCUUUAUGUGCAUUUGGUAUCACAUUCUUAUCAUGAGACUUUAAACUACUUAUGCCUGAUGAAGGAAGUCUCUAUAACCAAAAAUUACUUAUUUAGGAACUUAUUGAUAUGAAGUUUUUAUUUGAUUGUGAUCAAAACCUAUUGUAUUAAAAAAUGAAUACCCUUUACUACAACCUUGACAUUUAAGAAGAGAAUGUAAUUAUUCAUUUAUUAGAGAAGAUUCUUUGUGAUGACAGAACCACUCUAAUGCUAAAAAAUAUACCUAAAUACAUGAGACCAAGUGAUUUGAGAAACCUAUUAAAUAAAGACUUCAAGUUAUAAUUUGAUUUUCUUUACCUUCCAUCUGAUAAUAAUGUAAUUAUUAAUUAAUCAGAUAAGAAUGAAGGAAACCUAGGCUAUGCAUUCGUCAAUUUCAUUUCCCCAGAAAUUGUAUUGAAAUUCUUCAAAAAAUACAACAAUAAUAAAUGGAGUAUAAAUGAUAAAGUAGACUAAGAUAUUAAUUAUAAAAGCAAAUCUGUUAAUUGAAGUAUGCAAAGUUACAGGGUCGAAGAGAUUUGAUGAACUAAAUGGAUGAAUGA